GCAGUUUACUAACGUGGUGCUUCAAAAGACACAAACAACCGUCCACGGCACCAAGUCUGUGCAGUAAUUUCACUUUUUUACAAGAUAUAACCUCUUGAAAGAGCGAUGGGACGUGAGUCGAGACACUACAGGAAGCGCUCUACGUCUCGGGGCCGGUCAGGCAGCCGAUCAAAGAGUCGCUCCCCGGACAAACGCUCCAAGAAGGACGACCGGGACCGGAACAGGAGGGAGAGGUCCCGCAGCCGAGACCGCCGGAGGUCCCGGUCCAGAGACAGAAAACGACCCAGGCGCUCCAGGAGCAGAGAGAGGAGGAGGUCCAGAAGCAGAGACAGGAGGAGGUCGGGCAGCAGGACCCGGGCUCGGAGGUCCCGAUCUGGAAGCCAAAGCAAGAAUAGGAGGCCUGAUGAAAAGCCAAGGAGCAAGGAGAAAGACAACAUUGAUCCUUUAUCUGACAAGAAAAAGAUAAAAGAGGAGAAAGAGGAUGAGAAGAUUGAGGAUCAAGACUUUGACCAGAACAAGCUUGAGGAGGAGAUGAGGAAGAGGAAGGAGCGUGUGGAGAAGUGGAGGGAAGAGCAGAGGAAGAAGGCCAUAGAAAACAUCGGGGAGAUCAAGAAAGAACUGGAGGAGAUGAAGCAGGGCAAGAAGUGGAGCUUGGAGGAUGACGAAGAUGAUGACGAGGAUAUGUCGGCUCCAAUGGAGGGGGACGAUGAGGAAGAAGGGGAAGAGAAGGGGGAGGAUAAAGAGAAGGAGAUGAUAAAGGAGGAAAAGAAAGAGGAGGGUGAGAUGGAGCAGGAGACCCCUAUGGAGCAGGAGGAGGAGGAGGACGACGUGGACACUCUGGACGCCUACAUGGAGGCGGUGAAACAGGAAGUGAAGAAGUUCAACAUGGGAUCCAUGAAAGGAAAUGAUAAGAAAGGAGGAACAAUGUCAGUAACCAAAGUGAUGACGGUUGUUAAAACCAAGAAGGGACCCAACACUCACAAGAAGAAGGGUGAGCUGAUGGAGAAUGACCAGGAUGCUAUGGAAUACUCGUCAGAGGAGGAGGAGGUGGAUCUGCAGACGGCUCUGACGGGCUUCCAGACCAAAACGAGGAAGGUUCUAGAGCCUGUCGAUCACGGGAAGAUUGAGUACGAGCCAUACCGCAAAAACUUCUAUGUGGAGGUUCCUGAGCUCGCCAGGAUGACUCCAGAAGACGUGCACUUGUACAGGUUGGAACUGGAAGGCAUUACAUUUAAAGGGAAGGGCUGUCCCAAACCUAUCAAGACCUGGGUGCAGUGUGGAGUGUCAAUGAAGAUCCUCGGUUCUAUGAAGAAACAGGGCUACGAUAAGCCCACUCCCAUCCAGGCCCAGGCCAUCCCUGCCAUCAUGACGGGCCGUGACCUCAUUGGCAUCGCUAAGACCGGCAGCGGGAAAACCAUCGCCUUCCUGCUGCCCAUGUUCCGACACAUCAUGGACCAGAGGCCCCUGGAGGAGUCUGAGGGACCAAUAGCUGUCAUCAUGACUCCGACCAGAGAGUUGGCUCUUCAGAUCGCCAAGGAGUGUAAGAAGUUCUCCAAACAGCUGGGACUCCGGGUGGUGUGUGUUUAUGGAGGAACAGGCAUCAGUGAACAGAUUGCUGAGCUGAAGAGAGGAGCGGAGAUCAUCGUGUGCACACCGGGAAGAAUGAUUGACAUGUUGGGGGCCAACAGCGGUCGAGUGACCAACCUGCGCAGAUCUACAUAUGUGGUGUUGGAUGAAGCAGACAGGAUGUUUGACAUGGGCUUUGAGCCACAGGUGAUGCGUAUUAUAGACAACGUGCGUCCAGACCGUCAGACGGUCAUGUUCUCCGCCACCUUCCCCAGAGCUAUGGAGGCGCUGGCCCGUAGGAUCCUGAUCAAACCUCUGGAGGUCCAGGUGGGGGGCCGCAGUGUGGUCUGCUCUGAUGUGGAACAACACGUGCUGGUGAUUGAGGAGGACAAGAAGUUCCUGAAGCUUCUUGAGAUUCUGGGUCACUACCAGGAGAAGGGCUCGGUCAUCAUCUUUGUUGACAAACAGGAGCAUGCAGACUCUCUGCUGAAAGACCUGAUGAAAGCCUCGUACCCCUGCAUGUCACUGCACGGAGGAAUUGACCAGUACGACAGAGACAGCGUCAUCAACGACUUUAAGAACGGAGCAUGUCGUCUGAUGGUGGCCACCUCUGUGGCUGCGCGAGGCCUGGACGUCAAGCAGCUAAUCCUGGUGGUCAACUACAACUGUCCCAACCACUACGAGGACUACGUCCACAGGGCCGGACGCACAGGCCGCGCAGGCAACAAGGGCUUCGCCUACACCUUCAUCACAGACGACCAGGUUCGCUAUGCGGGGGAUAUCAUCAAAGCCUUGGAGCUGUCCGGCUCUCCUGUCCCGCCUGAACUGGAGCAGCUUUGGUCCUCCUUCAGAGACCAACAGAAAGCGGAAGGUAAGACCAUUAAGAGCAGCAGCGGCUUCUCAGGGAAAGGCUUCAAGUUUGAUGAAACAGAACACGCCUUAGCUAAUGAGAGAAAGAAGCUGCAGAAAGCUGCUCUCGGACUGCAGGACUCUGAUGACGAGGAUGGAGCCCUGGAUAUUGAAGAGCAGAUCGAGAGCAUGUUCAACUCCAAGAAGCGGGUGAAGGACCUGUCGGCUCCCGGGGCGACCUCCGGCUCUGCAGGAUCAACGUCCUCCACAUCGUCCGUCUCCGGGGGGCUGCCAGGCCUCGGGCCGACGUCUGCUGGAAACAUCCAGAAACUGGAGAUGGCCAAGAGGCUGGCGCUGAAGAUCAACGCUCAGAAGAACCUGGGCGCCGAGGCUCAGGACGUGAUGCAGCAGGCCACCAACGCCAUCCUGCGGGGGGGCACCAUCAUGACGCCCUCGGUGUCGGCAAAGACCAUCGCAGAGCAGCUGGCGGAGAAGAUCAAUGCCAAGCUGAACUACACCCCCGUGGAGAAGCUGGAGGAGGAGCGGCAGGCGGCUGAACAGGCCGAGACCGUCAAGAGAUACGAAGAGGAGCUGGAGAUCAAUGACUUCCCUCAGACGGCCAGGUGGAAGGUGACGUCUAAGGAAGCUCUGCAGAGGAUCGGUGAAUACUCUGAGGCCGCCAUCACCAUCAGAGGAACAUAUUUCCCUCCAGGCAAAGAGCCCAAGGAGGGAGAACGCAAGAUCUACCUGGCUAUUGAAAGUGCAAAUGAAAUGGCCGUGCAGAAAGCCAAAACAGAGAUCACACGGUUGAUCAAGGAGGAGCUCAUCAGAUUACAAAAUUCUUACCAGCCGACGAGCAAAGGCCGCUACAAAGUGUUGUAGAGAAGAAUCAAAGGCUCAUGGAAGGAGUUUCCGUCUCUCAACAAUCCCCUGUCAUCUCACCGUGUUUGAAAACUAUUUUAGUCUAUAUUUUUAAUAAUGUUCCCUUGAAAUACCUAAGUUUACUGUAUGGUUUUGUUUGUAUUAUUCAUAAUUAUUCCCUCAGUUUCCUCUGUGCUUCACCUGACUUUCCUUUGAUUUUAUACCUACAGACCAGAAAUACCCAAAUGUCUGAUGCAGUUUUGACCUCCAGUGUCAUUGUACCAUCACAAUCUCCAAUAUGUCUUUUAAAUAUAAGACACACUUUCUUUAAAUGUAAUUUUAGGGGGGGGGGGGGAGGGUCAGGUGAUUCACCCUGAUGUACUGUAUGUACAAGCAACAUCGUACCCAUAAUCUUUAUCAAGGAAUAGUCAGAUGAAAUAUGUUUUUACUUUUCUGCACAAUAAAACAAUGUGUUGCAAAUGAA